UUUACUAAUACUUCAUUUAUCUAUUUACAGCCUUUCCAGAGGUUUGUACAGACUGGCCGCAUUGCCAAAUGCUCGGCGGGUCCCUUGAAGGGCCGCCUAGUCGCCAUUGUUGACGUUAUUGAUCAAACACGCGUGCUUGUUGAUGGUCCCUUGACCGGUGUACCACGUCAGGAAUACAGAUUGAAUAAUCUACAUCUGACCAAAUACCGCAUCAAGUUCCCCUUCACUGCCCCCACACGUAUUGUACGCAAAGCAUGGAAGGACAGCGACAUGAAAGCCCAAUGGAAGGCUAGCCCAUGGUCGUCAAGAUCACAGAAUAUUUGCAAGCGCUCUCAUUUGAAUGAUUUCGAUCGUUUCAAGCUGCGUUAUGCCAAGCGUCAACGUAACAAGUUGCUCACCAUUGCCUUCAACACACUGAAGAAGCGUACCAAGUCUGACGGUACAGAGCGUAAAUUGAAGAAGGACAAGCGCGAACGUAUCCGUGAAUUGAAGGCGCAAGGUGUGAAGAAGGGUGCUGCUAAAAAGUAAACACCGUCUUUUAACUUUUCAGCUUAGUAUGCUCGUGUACUAGUUGACUACUUUUCGGAGGAAAAUAAAGUUAUUUUAUAGGAAUAAAGAAA